AUGGCAGCAUACACAGCACGGGAAACGCUGACUGAUCAACCGACAUGUCAAUCGUGCAUCGCAGAUGGAGUCCCAGCUGUAAGUUUCUGCUCCCACGUCGACUGCUUGACUUUCAUGUGCCGUAACUGCGAUCAAGCUCACCGCACGAUGCGUCAAUUCAAGGACCACGCCUUGCACUCGAUAGAGGAUCUGCAAAAGCGGCCAGCGAGCCAUACGUCCGGGCAAAGCUUGCUGUGCAAGGAGCAUAGGCAGAAUCCGUUGUCCCUGUACUGUGAUGAAAAGAGCUGCCAGAAGGCCAUCUGUGUGUCUUGCGCAGCCACCGCCCACUCUUCUCACCGCGUCGUCGUUCUAGAAACGAAAUCAUUCGAAGCAAAGAAGGUAUUGCAAAGCCUUGUCGCAGAAGUCAGAAGUAAAAUAGAUCACACACACCUUAUUUCCGGACAACUCAACACCGAGAAAAAUCUAACGAGUGACUUGUUUAAAAAAAGAUCCGCCGAGGUUUCAGCAAUCACCAAAGACCUAAAAGAACUGUUGACAAAGAGAAACGACGUUGUCAUCCCGGAAAUGAAGAAGAAGUGUGUGGACAUAUCAAGCCACCUUACUUGUCUAGCUGACCACGCCGAGACUUUAGCUUGCCGGUUCAAGUCAGCCUGCCAGGACGCCGAGGGAGCCUGCGACAUCGGUAACCCCAUCGAUCUGCUCAACGCUUUGGCACACCACACCGCAAUUUUGCACGAGCUCAAUGCUAUCGUUGUCGACGAGGCGAUCUCGUUCCACACAGACCGAGAGACAAGAUUUCCCUCCUUAUAUGAAGAUCGCGAUCAGCUUUUUUCUGAUUUUGAGAAGUUUGUGUCACGCAUUGGGCGGCUCAACGCAUCCACCGGCAAAAACGCUGUUUCUUUCAAGAUAGACUUCCCUGACCGAGUGGCAUCACCCCUGUAUGCCAAGGCCAUGCACAGAGUUCGUAUAACCUCGGAAAAUCCCUGUUGCUCCUUUAGUAAUCUCAGUGUGUGUCCAUAUACGUUUUUCCAGUCACCGGAUGGUAAUACCAGAGAUUGCAAGUAUGUUCAGCAAUGCGGUGACUCCUAUGAAUUCGAGUUCAAGCCAUUGGUAGCAGGACUUCAUCAGCUGCACAUCGGCAUAUCAGGAGUGCCAAUCAAAGGCAGUCCAUUCCCAGUUGACAUUGAAGAAACCCCACCCUUGAUGGCCAACACUGACGACCUAUCGCCUCGUGCAACCAACAUCAACAAACCCGACGCAAAUUCGGCGGAUGCGCAAGCCAAGAUUCUGGGACUCCCUCUGAUGAGGUCAGAAACCACCAAUAUACCGAGGCGCAAGUAA